AGAUUUUCCUCCUGGAUGCCUCUUCAAGUGUCUUGUGAUGGAAGGGAAAUAUUUUUGAAUCUAUAAUGGAUUUUACACAACAUCGUAACACAAACUGGCCUAAUAGCAGCAUUUUGGUUUGAAGAGCAUAAGCAUAAUUACAAAUAAUCAUGACAACUUCUCAUAUGAAUGGACAUAUCACGGAAGACUCUGACAGUGAAGCAAAAAAUGUGGAUCUUGUGUCUCCUGAGGAGCCUCAGAAGCACAGAGAAAUGGCUGUUGAUUGCCCUGGGGACUUGGGCUCCAGGAUGAUGCCCAUGCGGCGCAGUGCUCAACUGGAGCGAAUCCGCCAGCAACAGGAGGACAUAAGGCGCAGACGAGAAGAAGAGGGAAGGAAACAAGAACUGGACCUUACUGCUUCCAUGAGGCUAAAGAAACUAGCACAAAUUCCUCCUAAAACUGGAAUAGAUAAUCCAAUAUUUGACACAGAAGAAGGGAUUGUUUUGGAGAGUCCUCAUUACACUGUGAAAACACUAGAAGUGGAAGAACUGUUAAAUUCUCUUAAGCAUAUCCAGCACGUUUUGGUAGACCCUCAGAGUCAAGAGGAUAUCUCACUCAUUUUACAGCUUGUUCAAAAUAGUGAUUUUCAGAAUGCAUUUAAGAUCCACAACGCUGUUACAGUCCACAUGAACAAAGCCAGCCCUCCAUAUCCUCUCAGCUCCAAUGCACAAGAACUAGCACAAGAGGUACAGAGUGUUUUGAAACCCAGCCACCAUAAGGAUGGACAGGAGCUUAACGCUUUGCUGAAUGCCCCUCACAUGCAGGCACUUCUGCUGGCUCAUGAUAAGGUUGCAGAACAAGAAAUGCAACCAGAGCCUAUGACAGAUGAAAAGAUUUAUGAGAAUGUUGGCAUGUACGGAGGGGAGACGGUUAAAAUAGUUCGCAUUGAGAAAGCUCGGGAUAUUCCCUUGGGUGCUACUGUUCGCAAUGAAAUGGAUUCUGUUAUCAUCAGUCGAAUAGUCAAAGGAGGUGCUGCAGAGAAGAGUGGGCUGUUGCACGAAGGGGAUGAAGUUCUGGAGAUCAAUGGCAUUGAGAUCCGUGGAAAAGAUGUUAAUGAAGUUUUUGACUUGCUGGCUGACAUGCAUGGUACUCUGACCUUCGUAUUGAUUCCCAGUCAGCAGAGCAAGCCACCUCCUGCGAAGGAGACAGUUAUACACGUGAAAGCGCAUUUUGACUACGAUCCCUCUGAUGACCCUUACGUCCCCUGCCGAGAGUUAGGCCUGUCUUUUCAAAAAGGAGACAUACUCCACGUGAUCAGUCAAGAAGAUCCAAACUGGUGGCAGGCUUACAGAGAUGGAGAUGAAGAUAAUCAACCAUUGGCAGGCCUUAUCCCUGGAAAAAGUUUUCAGCAACAAAGAGAAGCAAUGAAGCAAACCAUAGAAGAAGACAAGGAGCCUGAAAAAUCAGGAAAGCUCUGGUGCGCGAAGAAGAACAAAAAGAAACGGAAAAAGGUUUUAUACAAUGCAAAUAAAAAUGAUGAUUAUGACAAUGAGGAAAUUUUGACCUACGAGGAAAUGUCGCUGUACCAUCAGCCAGCAAACAGGAAACGUCCCAUCGUUCUGAUUGGGCCCCAGAACUGCGGCCAGAACGAGCUGCGGCAGAGACUGAUGAAUAACGAAGUGGAUCGCUUUGCCACCGCCGUGCCCCAUACUACUCGGAGUAGGCGAGAGACGGAAGCAGCUGGCAGGGAUUAUCAUUUCAUCUCCCGACAGGCGUUUGAGAGUGACAUAGCUGCAGGGAAGUUCAUUGAAUAUGGGGAGUUUGAGAAGAACCUGUACGGAACCAGCAUAGACUCCGUGCGGCAAGUCAUCAACUCGGGCAAGAUUUGCCUUUUAAAUCUUCAUACCCAGUCACUGAAAACACUACGUAACUCUGACUUGAAGCCAUAUAUUAUAUUUGUUGCACCACCUUCACAAGAACGACUACGUGCUUUAUUGGCCAAAGAAGGGAAAAAUCCUAAGCCAGAAGAGCUGAGAGAAAUCAUAGAGAAGACAAGGGAGAUGGAACAGAACAAUGGCCACUACUUUGAUACAGCAAUUGUGAAUUCUGAUCUUGAUAAGGCAUAUCAAGAGUUACUUCGGUUAAUAAAUAAGCUCGACACAGAACCCCAGUGGGUGCCCUCCACCUGGCUACGAUGAGAGCAGUUCCUAGGGACAAAUGGACUUCAAUCUAGUUACCUUUCCAAGCAGAUCAUGUGUAGGUCUGCCCAAUUCUAGUACAAAUGCAUGUGAGCUCUAGACCUCAGUGGCAGCAUCCUUUGCCAGUGAAAUUGCGUAUUACUGAAAAAUACGCUGAUCAGCUUGUGAGCCAAUUUAACUGAUCUAAAGAUUGUCCAGGUUUUCUUUCUCUGUGGUCUAGAAAAGGAGACCAUGUCAAUACUAAAUUCUAAAGCUUUAGAUAGAUUUUUUUUCUAGCAACUACUUUUAUACAUAAGUCCACUUUUUUAACUUAGAAUCACCCUUAGGACAAAGAUUUUAAGUUUGUUUGUGUGUAUAUAUAUAUAUAUAGUCCAUGCUGUCACAUAGUUAUAAAUAUGAAUGUUAUUUAACACUUAACUUAAUGAUAUUGUGGGACAUGAUGCUAGUUCAGGAGCAUAAUUCUACCCAUCACUGAGCAGAGGAAUAAUUACACAUGAAAAAUGUCAAUGAGAAACCUCUCCUGUUCAAAAAAUACACAGAGCGAAGAUGCUGCUCUGGUCUGGAGCUGCCCUGUGAGGCUUGAGUUAAUAUUUUAAUUCUCAAACAUUCCACUUUCUAACAGCACUGUAUUGAAAAAUGUGUAUAAUGUAAAUAAUUCAAUCCUUGUGUCUUUUUAGUCAGACUUUUAAAAUCAGAUUUGACUGCACAGUAAUUUUAGGUCCAAUCAAAUAUGACUAUUACAUUGAACUUUUAGAUGUGAUAUUUUUACAGUAUUUUCUUUAAAACAUACCGACUGAUUGGAGCCGCUGUUUUUCACAGACUUGUAGAGAUAGAAAGGCAGAGGUUAUAUUUUUGUGAAAAUAUAUAGUUAUAAGACAUGCUGCUUGAAAAUCAACUAAAAUUCUCAUGUUUUGUAACAGAAUACUGACUAAUACAGACUGAUGUGCUGAACAUUGGAAGACAGUGGGGUUUUCUGAUCUCUACAAAUGGUUCAUGUUGUGGCUGUUGGGCUAAUGGACAACUAACUGGAAUUAAAAUAGCUGAAUGUAGCUACUGUGUUAUGAGUAUUGUAAUUCACUAGCCAACUUACUGUCCUGCAUUUGCUCAGUGCUGCAGUGAAAAUAUGUGUAAAACACUGGUAAUUGACUGAGAAGUCACAAGAAAGGGGAAUAUUUUUAAUGGUUAGAACAAAAAACUUGAAACAAGGGAACAGAAGAUAAGGCCUGUAUCUUAAUGCAUUCUGCAAAACAGGUGGGAACAUGUCUGCAUCCUCAAAUGAUUCUGGCUGUGAAGGUUUAACUACUGUGGUUGUGCAUCUGCAGUGGGGCUGUUGUUGCUGACACUAAAUGAAUAGUAGUACCUUGGCUGGUUUGGGUAGCACAAAGAACUUUAACUGUGAAUAUCUCUUUUAGCCAUAGUGUUUCUUUGUUCCUACAGGUAAAACACUGGAGCUAUGUCAAUGUGUAGUUCACUCCUGUCUAAUGCUGAAGGAUAAAAAAGCAGUUACUGUUUUCCAUUCCGUCUUGCAUAUAUUCUUUCUUAAAAUGUUAGUGAACAAAUUCACACUCAUAGCUAAAGAGCUCAAAGUAUAGAGCAGAUAUAAAGAAAUUGUCAGAUAACUGUCCUAGGUACUGAACUAGUAAGCAGUACCUUUUUGUGUUGAAAAAUUGAAGUAUAGAGUGCAUAUCUGUCUUGCUAGAAAGCAAAAUUAUUUGCUGGUUUAAUUAAUAUUUAGGGCUAAAAAGCAGUUAAGCAAUUAGUGGGGGUAAGUAAUGAUGCUUCAGAAAGAAAAUGGGAUGGAAAUUUGAAUAUCUUAGUUCAAGUCACUGUUAGAAAUAAUACUCUGCUACUGUUGGCCUAAGGGCUGGAUAUUCAAAAUUGAGAACACACAUUGCAGGUGUGUUCUCAGUUUCAUCCAUAGCUUAUGACAACAACAGUGUUCAGGUAUAUUGGAAAAAAACUGUAUUGAUUCUACCUUUUUUAAAGAAAGUUGAUUGUAAAUGUAUUAGGCUUUUGGGUAUUGAAUGUUUCUGGACAAGAAGGUGGAAAGCAGUAAAACAUGUUGAGUGAGGUUAACCUAGCUCAGCUGGGUAGGUGCUGUCCAAAUUCUGCCAGUCACAAUCAGCUCAAGGUGGUUGCUGAUCCCCCUUAGGUAUUCAGUGUUUAUAGGCAGCAUCAGUCUCAGCAAAUCAUGCCAUUAAUGUUAUUUCAUUCAUGUUUGUCUACCCAGUUUUUCUGAAAUGCUGUACAGAAUCUGUUUUUAUACAAAUGAGCUUUUGAAUGUAGACUUAAAGCAUAUUGCUUGAAGUUGAGCUCUACUCUCCUAAUUCCCAAGGCACACAAGAACUCACUGACAUCCAUAGAGAGGUGCUAUGAUAGCUUUUAACCAGUGUUAGCUUUGUCUCCUGCUGAAAGGAAGAGCUUGAACAGCACUGAAAUAUGUAUGUAGCUGUCCAUCUGCUGCCAGCUUGGACCUGGAACUACCUUGUGUAAGAAAUCAUUUUGUCUUGUUUAAUGAAGAAUUAAAUGUGCUAGUUCCCUCAAGAAUAAAAUACAUAGACAUCACUGGGAGAACUCUUCAACCUUAUCCCAGGAUUUGCUGUGAGCUGUAUCAGAUUGAAAUGAGGGUAUCUGCAUUUUCACCAGUCCAGAUUUAAUUAAAAAUAAAUGUUAGAUUAAUUGCAUAAAAAAAUUUUUGAAUGUAAUUAAAUGUGACUUUUUAAAAUAUUAGAUGGGGGGUUCCAUGCCUUAAAUAAUUAAGGUAACUUUACUGAGACCUGUGGUUGGCCCCACAUUUUACUUUUAUACUUAUAUCUGCACUCUGUAUUUUGAGACAUCAUGAACUGCACACUAAUGUAAAAAUGUAAAAUAUUUCUAGAUUUAAAAUAAAUCACUGUACAAUUUUACUUCUUGUAGUGGAUCUUGGGAGUCUUCUUUCUGCCACUUUGGUGAAUAUGUGAACAUGGUGUGACCUGCCAGUGCCCUGCAGGAUGUUCUGUGCACCUUCUGACACCAUCCAUCUUGUGGCAGAGGCAACAGGUCUGCAGAGCUCCAGUGUCUCUCUUUCAUGCUGGAUCUGUAUCUUAUUACAGACUAUGGGCCUACCAUUCAGGUGUGCUGUCUGCAGCUACACGAGAGAAAAGAAAUGGCCUUAUUAUUCAUACACUUCUAAAAUGAUUUUUUUAAAGGUGUUAAUAGAAAUUUAUUCCUUGCAGUUACCCUGUAUCUGCAGUUAAGUGCUGCAUCAUGUUUACAACAAGAUGCUUACCUUGAAUAGACUAGAUUUGUAGUACUGGAAACUAUGACCUAGCAUUAGUUCUGGGGCAUGUGUUCAGUUUGCUGAUUGCAAACCAGUGACUUCAAGAAAAAGAACACAACAAUGUGUUCAAGGAAUGACUGGACAUGGCUGUGGACUGACAAGGUGGUGAUUGAUCUUCGAGGUCUUUCACAACCUAAAUGAUUCUGUGCUUCUGUCUUUAAGAAAACAGCUCUUCAAAGUGAGCAGGGUUUAGUGACAGCCUGCUGAUCAGCCACCCUCCUGGACUCCACUCAUCAGCCUUGGACAUGAGAACCACAGGAAGGAUGGACUGCUGUGCAUUCAACCCUGCUUUGCUUACCAGCCUACUGAAGCAAUGAAGAAUUGCAGCAACAUGUAGCUAGUUUUUUUUUCCUGUGUGCUUUUGGCAAGAGGGAGCCACUUCUCCAUAGUUACUUAAAGCAGUAAAGAUUAAGUAGAUGUGGGCACAG